CGUAGGUGAUCAGAUAGAUGAACCUAGAGCCGAUCCCAGAGGGCAUUGAGGAGGAGAUGUACGAUGGCGUGGCUGUCUCUUUAAUCUGUUGAUAUGCUUUAUUUAAUUAACUUUAAUGCUUAUUACGUUUUCGGGCAAGAUCCCAAGUUGUUUGAAUUUAAAAAGGCUUCUGCAUUAUUUUAAAUUACUCCGAUGGAUUUUUAUAUGUAUUGAUAGAACGAUAUUGGCUUCACAGCGAUGUAUGGACCUUACCCAUCGCUGGGUGUCGGCUAUGGACUGCAAAAAGGCCCGGGCGGGAGCGAGGGCCGAAGCAGGGGCAGAGGCACGGGCACUACUCGGUCCGGUGUCGUCUCGGUCUCCGGACUUCUUCCGGAAGGUGCUGUCUUAAAUGACCCAAAUCUUCAUCAUCUUCGUAUCCGAGCCGGCGAUGUGGAUGUCGGAGGCGACAAUGAGAACCAUGACAAGGAAGGCGUACGGCAAGCUCUGCUCGGUGGUGAUGGAGGCGCAAUCCGCCAUGUGAAUCAUGACGUAUUUUGCCCAAUUGAUGGAGGCUCCGUGGAUGAUAGCAUGAAUCGCCUUCAAAUCCUUGUUGAAGAGCAAGGUAUGGCUACUGUCUCAGGGGCGAAGAAUCUGGGUGAUGAUGUAGAGGAGGAGGCGCUUGUCCGGUGGGGCCGAGUGAAUCGUUGGCGCGCCGCUGUGGCGGAUGAGGUUGGUGAUCCCAAGCUCUCAGAUGACCACUACCUCGUUGUUGAGGAUCCAAUCGUUGUCACCGUAUGUCGCGAUGUCAUCGCCUCGGAUGGGCAGCCCUGCGAUCCAUGCAAAGGUCGGCAAGUCAAUCUCUAUGUCGUAGAGAUUGAUGCUGAUGCGGAUGGUGUCCCCAUCGCGGCGGAGAUUUGAGUAAAACGCCCGGACGAAAGCGGGAUUGAAGCUCGUGCGGCUCUUGGAGACGAAGGGCCACAAACCCGGCGCUUGGAGUUGGUUGUUGAGCUCAUGGUACCCCUUUUCUUAGGGAAACAACUCCGGGAGCACGCGAGGCGGAGAGAUCGGGCGUUUGGCGAAGUGCGUGAUGAAGCGAGUGAGUUCUUCCUCUGAGCCAAACUCGAGGAAGGAUCCAUCAAGUUACGGAAAGGGUUGAGGCGCAGAGCUCGUAGCCUCGGCCGGACCUUUCUUCUUGGACGCCUUGGUCUUCUUCCCUCCGGCCAUUGUUGAGACAAGAAAAAGAUUGAGAUUUA